AAGUGAAUAAACAGGAAGAGCUGAUAGUAUUUAAAGAAAGAGUUGAGAUCAUAUACUGAAGAGAAAGACUAAGAGAAAGAGAAAAUGUCUGAUAAUAAUCAUCUGUGUCUGCUGGGACUGAUCUUUCUCUCUUCACUUCUCACAGGUGUCAGUGGAGUGGAUGAUGAUCAUGUGUUCAUCAGUUCUGGUGAAGAUGUCCGUCUGCCCUGUAAUAAUGCUCUUCAUGACUGUACAUCAACUACAUGGCUCUAUAACAGAUUCAGUCAUUCAGAAGCAGUUGAACUGAUUCAUUUAGGGAGAAAGAAAGACACAGAGAGUCAUGAGAGACUGAGUCUGGGGUCUGACUGCUCUCUGAACAUCAGGAACAUCUCAACAGAAGAUUCUGGAUCUUACAUCUGUCAACAAUGGACUGGUGAGAAGAGAGACCAACAACAAGAACCUGAUGCUCGUGUUUAUCUGCAUGUUCUUCAUGUCUCAUCCUCACACACUGAGAUCAGUGCAGGUCUCUCUGUGACUCUCUUCUGUCAGCUGUAUUCAUAUCAUCGAGUCUCUUGUGAUGAUUCGGUCAGUUCUGAGAGAAUUGAUCUGUUCUGGGUGAAUCAGGCUGGUGUUAAACUGAGAUCAGACUCCAGAUAUCAGAUAUCAUCCUCAUCAGAUCACUGUAUCAUCUCUCUGAAUACAACACUCCUGAAUGAAGAUCACAACAGAGAGUGGAGAUGUGAAGUUACUCACAGAGAUCAAGUCAAGAGCUCAGUCACAUACACUGUCAAGAGUUCAGCUCAAGCUGAUUCAACGCCAGAACUAUCUUCUACAGAAGGUAAUGCAUAAAACAUUAAUGAAAUAUGUCAGUCACUUAUCAUCUUUGACUAUAAUAGAGAUCAAUCAUCCCGUCUCUGACUAUGUCUCUUCUUCAGUCGCAGUGAUUUCUGUGUCUGUCGCUGUGAUCGCUGUUCUUCUGGCUGCUGUUCUCUGGCUGAUC